UCAUCGACAACUUCUGAUCAAUUACGCUAUUUAUUAUCAGUACUCGCCUUCUCCCGUCUGUGUCGUUUUCUCAGGAGUCAUUGAGUUCACUCCUCAAUUCAACAAUGGCAGAAACCACAACCAUGACCUUUCUGCUGCUCCUAUUGCUUCUCUCACCCUUGUCCUCCACCGCCUCGAUGGGAGCCUACCCCAUAAUCCCUGGCACAUCGGAUACCUGUGUCUUCGCUUCCCUUUUCGAUGACCUGAAACCAGUUCGUCGCGAAGUCUAUGGCGACGGAAGAAUCAUUGACAUCACUCACCGGUACACGACCGACAUGCCGUCAUGGGGAUCGGAGAACGGGCUGGGGCAGUUCCUUUGGCUCCCAUCGAGCAUGAAAAACGGCUCUCUCGCUAACAAUUCCCAGAUGAAGCUUCCCACCCACACUGGUACCCAUGUCGACGCUCCUGGACACGUUUACGAUCAAUAUUUCGAUGCAGGAUUCGAUGUUGAUACUCUUGACCUUGAAGUGCUUAAUGGUCCUGGGCUGUUAGUUGAUGUUCCAAGGAAUUCCAACAUAACUGCGGAAGUUAUGAAGUCCUUAAACAUUCCCAGGGGAGUACGCCGUGUGCUUUUCAGAACACUAAACACUGACAGGAAGCUUAUGUUUAAAAAUCAGUUUGAUACAAGCUAUGUGGGAUUCACAAAGGAUGGAGCACAAUGGUUAGUAGAGAACACUGACAUCAAGUUGGUUGGAAUUGAUUACUUAUCUGUUGCUGCCUGGACUGAUUUGAUUCCAUCUCACCUUGUCUUUCUAGAGAGCAGGGAAAUCAUUCUUGUGGAAGCCUUAAAACUUGAUAACGUUCAACCUGGAAUAUAUUCUAUCCAUUGCUUACCUCUAAGGUUGCUUGGUGCUGAGGGAUCUCCAAUAAGAUGUAUUCUCAUCAAAUAAUUAUUUUUCACUGCACAAUGAUGCCCCUAGGAGUGAAGAGCAGAAUAAGACGGUGUAAAAUGGGACUAUAAAUUAUCACAAGGAGAGAUGCUAUUUGAAUGUGUUGUUAUGGUGUGUGAGCUUAUUAGCAACCUGGUACUUGAGAAUUAUCUUAAAUUUGGCCUUUAGAUUGGAUCCAAGCUGCGGAUGCAAAAGUAUCGUAAUAAGCAAUAUUUUAUUUUUGAGUAAAAUUUUUUUGCCAUCAAA